UCGACACCUCGGCGGUGUCGCCUCUACACUGCCUAGUGAUGCGGAGGUCUCAGAUCGCGCUUUAGUUAACUCAGUAAUUUGGCAUUUGUGUCAUUAUUUUCUGCCGUGACGAGCCAGCGGGGCGCUGAAAGUGAUGGACAACUGCCGGAGAGAUGUAAUAUUCCCAGCCUGCUUUCCGUGGCGCCAGGCGACAUUAGGUGCAAGGUCAGUACUGUCGUAUAUUGUUUACAUCGCUUACAAUGGAGGUGUAUUCGAAAUGUGUUGAAACCACUUAAUGCUAUUUUCUGAAUUUGAAAAGUAAGACGUAAUGAAGCCUCUGUUUUGACUGUGUGUGAAUGUGAGUGAAGAUGCCAAGACCCCAGUGAGCGCAACACGGAAGGGGACAUACGGUGCGGCUGUGGCCCCCUGAGGCGCGGUGCCUCUGCCUCAGGGCCCAUCCCACCACGCCAGGACAGCGCUUCUUGAACAAAACUAAAACAGAACAUUGAAAACUUUGUCAAUGAAACUUUGUUGUUGCAUCAUUCGUAACAAACGACUGAGCUCAAAAGUGAAAAAAAAUUCAAUUACUGUUGGUGACCUGAAUUCCUUGAGUCUGAGCUAGAGAGCAGUGCAUUGUCUCCAGACGCCGCCGGGCCGCCGUCAUGGAUCCCGCCAGGCUCCUCCAAAUAAUCACCAACAGCACCUGGAUGGUGACCAAACUGGUGGGGGACGGACCGGUGGAGUUCGAGCAGCCGCAGUACGUGGUGGAGGUAGCGGAGAACACUGUGGCCGAUCCCCUGCUGCGUCUCACCACACGUCCCCUCACUCAUGGCGAGAGAAUUGAGUUUAGCAUCAAGGAAGGCAACGAGCAAGGACUCUUCUCCGUGGACAGUACCAGUGGUCUCCUUAGCCUCGUGCAGCCCCUGGAUUAUGAGGAGCAAGACCAUUACGAGUUGGUGGUGCAGGCGACGGUCGGCGAGAGCAGUAGCGAGGCGACCGUGCUGGUGCGGGUGACCGAUCAAAACGACCACGCCCCAGCGUUCCCAAGGACGCUGCACGAGACACAGAUCACUGAGGAGGACGACAGGCACCUCCCAAAAACAAUACUCACGGUUACAGCGGACGACGAGGACGCGGGGAAAUACGGGCACGUGAGUUACAGGCUGGAGGGGGAGGGCGUUACUCACGACGCAUCUUCCUCAUUCGCUGUGAACCCUUCCACCGGCGCCAUCCUCCUCCUCAAGCCCCUGGACCGAGACCCCCCGCACGGCAGAUCCCAGUGGCGCCUGCUCGUGACAGCAAGCGACGGGGAGCUGGAGGACGCCACCGCCGUGCACGUCAAUCUCAAGGACGUGAAUGACAACGCCCCGUAUUUCCUGGAGGCGACCAUCAACGCCACCAUCACUGAGAACACUCCGCGCGGAGCCUCUGUAGCGCAAGUUUCGGCUCUGGACAAUGACGACCACUGGGAGGGACACAACGCACGCCUCGUCUAUUCCCUGGAAAAGAAUGUGAUAGACGAAAAUUCAGGCAGACCCAUCUUUGCUGUAAACAGCGAGAGGGGUCUCAUCAAGACAGCGCUGUGCUGCCUCGACCGAGAGAAGACUCCCCGCUACGUGAUCCAGGUGGUGGCCACGGACGGUGGGGGCCUCAAGGGGACAGGCACUGUGCUUGUGGAGGUGCAGGAUGUGAACGAUGUGUCACCCAAGUUCUCGCAGACUGAGUGGGACCUUGAGGUGCCGGAAAGUCCCUCACCUUCCUCCGUUCUAGCCACACUCACUGUCCUCGACCCCGACAUCACGAACACCUUCGCUUUCAGGGUCGUGGAGGGCAGCGGGCGGGGCUCCACGAUGUUCAGCGUGGGGUCUCGACCGAACGGGGAGGCGGCGGGAGACCUGAGAGCACUGGUGCCUCUGGAUUACGAGGACCCAGAACACCGUCAGGGAUUCCGCUUCCAGGUCCAGGUCACCGACAUGGGGGACGCGGGCUGGGAGCAAGAGGACCAUGUGGACGAGGCUUGGGUGAACCUGCGGCUGGUGGACGCCAACGACAACGCCCCGACCUUCUCCUCCAACCACGCCCACCUCACGCUACCCGAGGACACACCCACUGGCACCCUGCUGGCCUCGUUCACAGCGCACGACGAGGACGGGGGGGGAGAGGGGCGCAUCGAGUACAGCAUAGAUCCAGUCAGUGACCCUGGCAGACUGUUCCUCGUGGACGAAACAGGAAGCGUGCGGCUGGUUGGUGAGCUCGACAGAGAAACUGCCAGCGCUCACACCUUGCUUAUAUUGGCGAUGGACGACGGCACGCCACGCCGGACAGCUACUGCCACCCUCAUGCUGAACGUGACUGAUGUAAACGACAACCCACCGUACCUGAAGGACCCGUGGGAGGUGCAGGUGCAGGAAAACUCGGCGCCGCAGGUGGUAGCAGUAGCCAGGCUCGGUGAUCCGGACGACUGGAGGCAAGGUCACGGGCCGCCCUUCUCCAUACACCUGGACCCCUUGGCGCCGCCCCACACACAGACCACCCUCAAGGUCGACCUCAACAAACAUGGGGACGAGGGACGUGGAGUGGGUGUUGUGUCUACCAGAGUGCCACUGGACCGUGAGCAGCGACGUGUUCUCCUGGUCCCUUUGGUGGUGGCUGACGCCGGAUCACCACCGCUCUCCGCCACUGUCACCCUCACCUUGCAUGUAGCUGAUCUCAAUGACAACCCCAUGUUGCCCGCCACAAAGACCGUCGCGGCCCUCACCAUCCAGCCACAGAGUCCUGAAGUUCCCUUGGGACGAGUGUACGUGAAAGAUCCUGACGACUGGGACGCGGCCGCCAAGUCCUACGCAUGGCGCGACGCCUCACGGCACCUCUCUUCCUUCGCCCUCAACACCAGCACGGGGGAACUGACGAUGAGACACGGCACGCCUGACGGAAGGUACGACUUAGGUUUCACUGUCAGCGACGCCUACCAGAGUCAGUCCGGCGUGGAGGCCAACGUGAGCGUGGAGGUGAAGUCCCUCAGCCACGCAGAGGUGAUGUCCUCCGUGCCUCUCACCCUGGCGACUCACCCUUACCGUGUUGUGAGAACAAGAGCUGAGGAAGGCUCCUCCAUCUUACAGCAGGUGAUGCGGGCGGUGCGGGCGUGGGUACGGGGAGCGGUGAGGAUCGUGGCGGUGCAGGGCGUGGGCCACCACAGCAGCAGGGUGUGGCUCUCCUCCCCCGCUGACCAGAAUUUGCACCACACUCUUCUCCUUCACCGGGAUGAGAUCAGUAAAGCCUCGGGAGUAGGCAUCACGCACGUGGGUGUGGGCACGUGCCAGGAGGCCUCUCACAGAAACUGUGAAGGAGGGUGUUGGGUGCGAAUGUCGCUGGAUGACGGCUUCACCCUGAUAGACGCCAACACGUCAGCCGUGGUAGGGCCCCAGCUAGGCGUUCAUAUGGGGUGUGGCUGUGCCUCAGACACUGGCCCGCCCACCUGCACACCACACACCUGUCUCAACGGCGGCCGCUGCUUGCCCACGCCCAACGGUGCCAGGUGUGUGUGUCCUCACCACACCACGGGAGCGCGAUGCAAGGUUCUUGCCAGACACUUCAAGAAAGACCCGGAUGAAAGUGGAGGAUGGGCUUGGGUACCCUCUCUUCCCUCGUGUGAGGAGGUACACAUAAGUCUGGAAGUGCUCACUCGAUCGAAAGAUGCUACUCUCCUUUACUCGGGACCCGACCAUCUCCCACCCUUGCCUGGAGCCACUAGCGACGUAAUGAUGCUGGAGCUGCGAAACGGCAGACCUUCUCUGGUGCUUGAUUUAGGUGCCGGCCCCGUGGUGCUCACCCUCAACACAUCCUACUCUUUGGCGGACUACGUAUGGCACAGGCUGGACCUAAUCUGGAAGGAUGAGCAGGUGCAGGUGAUCGUGGACCUGUGUGGCGGCGGCAGUCUGGAGGACCAGCCGGCCACGCCCAGGAAAAGUUCUGUCCACGACGCUAACUUCACCACCUCGACCUUCUUGCCCAGUCCUCCUGACGCCCACAGUUGUCGAGGGUCUGCAAAGCUUCCUCGCGGAGCCCGCCUCCUGAACGUAGGCCAGCCACUGCAAGUAGGCGGAAUGGCGCACCCAGCCCCCGCCCACGCGCUGUAUGGUUGGCCAGAACCACUGCUCGCUCUUCCCCUCCACGGUUGUGUCAGGAACCUUCGCAUCAAUGGGCAGAUUAUGGAUCUCGGUCACGGCAUCCUGAGCCAAGGCAGCUCUCCCGGCUGCCCCGCCGCGGAAUGUUCAGAAAGCGGGCUAACGUGCGGUCUUCACAGCAGGUGCCGGGGCUCCCCAGGGGACCUGCGUUGUGAGUGCCAGCCAGGUUGGUCGGGACAAGACUGUAACACCGCCACCACUCCUGCCACCUUCCAGGUGAACAGCUACGUGAAACUGGCCCUCUCCUUCACGCCUCUCGCCUACAGCACCUCGCUGCAACUCAGGUUCCGUACAAGGCGAAGAAGAGGGGAGCUUGUAGUGUUGUCCUCCCAGCACGGACGCGACCGCCUCGCCUUGCAGCUUGUGCGGGGACGGCUGUGCCUCAUCCUACAUCUGCACCCUGAGGAUCCUCGCUCACUCUGCCUCACCCGCGCUGCUCUCACAGAUGGUCGUUGGCAUUCUGUUGAAGCUUACAGGCACGGGUCAGUCACUGUCUUGUUGGUGGAUGACGGUGACGGUGACCUGUACAACGCCUCUUUGUCGAUGGAUGGACGUCAGGUGCUGGAAGUGGACAAGCAAGAGGGCGUCCACGUUGGCGGGUCGCCAGAAUAUGUGGGCGUCAGUGUUUUCAAAAUACACGGCGACUACCACGAGGGUUGUGUGGAUGAUAUAAGAAUCUCUGGACGGAGGAUGCCGCUUCCACCAGCUGUCAAUAACACUCCGUGGGGACAGGUGAGCCUCUAUCAGCGCGUGGAGCAGGAUUGCGAUGCUCCCCCGGCCUGCGCCAACGUCACGUGCAGGCCACCCCUCACCUGCGUCGAUACUUGGCGUUCACAUUACUGCGGGUGUGGUGACGGGAGGAAGCUUGCCAGUGGACGAGGAACCUGCGAGGAUGUGAAUGAAUGCGUAUGGCAGCCUUGUCUCAAUGGCGGCUCCUGCUUCAAUAAACAUGCAGUGGGAUACGUCUGCGAGUGUCCCUCUGGCUUCGGCGGAGACCAAUGCCACAUACCUGACGCCACUCACACCACCCUCAGGCUCUCCCUCGGAGCGCUGGCGGCAGUGCUUGUGUGGUGUGCGUUCCUAUUACUGGUGGUGGGCGCUGUCCUCCUCCAUCAGCAUCACAGCCGCUCCACCUUUCGUCGAGGGGAAGCUCAAAUGAAGGAGAGCGCAGUCAACGGUAAAGGGACCUCAUCACCCCCUCGCCGGCGUGCCCCAAGUCUACUGGAGCUGCAGCUGCUGAAGCCGCCGCGAGCCAACGGUCAGCCCGCCUGGAACAACGGACACAGGACAGGUGAGAAGGCGCUGCAAGCUGACAGCACCUCAGCCGAAAGCGCGGAUGAUCCUGAGCAGGGUGGAGGUGACGCCGAGUGCAGCAGAAACUGUCGGAACCGACAGCUGACUUUCUCGUGUUCCGUCGAGGAUGAUUUGAGAAACUACGCUUACGAAGGUGAUGAGUCAUCCCCUGGAUCAUUGUCGUCUUGUAAGUGGACCAGGAGAGCAAGGAAUGGAAGAAAGGUUAACUACGAAGUGUAUCGUAUAAGAUCAAGCAUGGAGGGCUGCGGCAACACUGUCCGGGUCGCCAGUGGGCCUCACUUAGUGGAGUCCUGGAAUCCUGGCACUCAGCAGCCGAGAACCACAGCCUCCAUCACUACUCUCUCCUCAGACAGCCGCCACCCAGUCUCAACAACCACUUGCGAUAUCCACGCUGCUGAUGAAACGACCUCUCUUCCCAUGUACCCAGAUCUGUUGUCCCCACCCACGGGAGACGUAGUGAGCAUUACUAUCCCACCGGAGCUCCUCACCCCGCCGGGGCCCGCACAGAUCCCAGAGCCCCCUCGAGCCUUUAGCACCCAAUAGGACCCACAACAGGUACCCAAAUUUAAGAAGACAGAGAUGUGUUUUCUCCCAAGCAGCAACAGAUGUCACCGAGGGCAGACACUGCACGGAUGGGGCUUGCUAAUCGUAGAAAUGGCUUAUUAUUUUUUUAAAUGUUUCUAUUUCCAAUAAAAUCACGUUUUGU